AAACAAUGGGCCCAAAUUGGAAAACAAAAGUUAGACUCUCACGAUCAAUCACGAAGAAGUAACCCCCUUUCUCUAUAAGUUAACAAAAAGUCUCGAACUUUCUAUCUCACUAAGACACAAACGACAAACCUCAGCUUAGAUUUCUCCGAUCUUGUUUGAUAUUAUUGUAAGAUGGGUGCCAAGAGAAGUGUUAGUGAUCUGAAAGAGGCGGAUUUGAAGGGAAAGAGAGUGUUCGUAAGAGUGGACCUGAACGUGCCUUUGGAUGAUAACUUGAAGAUCACUGAUGAUACCAGGGUUCGUGCUGCUGUUCCCACCAUCAAGUACUUGAUGCAACAUGGCGCCAAAGUUAUUCUCUCUAGUCAUUUGGGAAGGCCUAAGGGUGUCACUCCCAAAUACAGUUUGAAGCCUCUUGUACCAAGGCUUUCUGAACUUCUUGGAGUUGAGGUUAAAAUGGCAGAUGAUUGUAUUGGUGAAGAAGUUCAGAAAUUGGUGGCUACAAUCCCAGAUGGAGGUGUCUUGCUCCUGGAAAAUGUCAGGUUCUACAAAGAAGAAGAGAAGAAUGACCCAGAAUUCGCUAAGAAGCUAGCUUUGCUUGCAGAUCUCUAUGUGAAUGAUGCAUUUGGCACUGCUCAUAGAGCCCAUGCUUCUACUGAGGGAGUGGCUAAAUACUUGAAGCCAUCUGUUGCUGGUUUCCUUAUGCAGAAGGAACUUGACUAUCUUGUUGGAGCUGUGUCAAAUCCCAAGAAACCAUUUGCUGCAAUCGUUGGUGGCUCAAAGGUUUCAUCAAAGAUUGGGGUCAUUGAGUCCCUCUUGGAGAAGGUUGACAUUCUUUUACUUGGUGGAGGUAUGAUCUAUACUUUCUACAAGGCCCAAGGACACUCCGUUGGUUCAUCACUUGUGGAGGAAGACAAGCUUGAACUUGCAACAACACUUAUGGAGAAGGCUAAGGCUAAAGGAGUGUCUCUUUUGCUCCCUACUGAUGUUGUUAUUGCUGACAAGUUUGCUGCUGAUGCUAACAGUAAGGUGGUGCCAGCAACUGCAAUUCCCGAUGGUUGGAUGGGCCUUGAUAUUGGACCUGAUGCCAUCAAGACGUUCAGUGAAGUUUUGGACACUACCAAAACUGUCAUUUGGAAUGGACCAAUGGGUGUGUUUGAGUUUGACAAAUUUGCAGUGGGAACUGAGGCAAUUGCCAAGAAGCUUGCUGCCCUCAGUGGUAAGGGGGUGACCACAAUCAUUGGAGGAGGUGACUCAGUUGCAGCUGUGGAGAAGGCUGGGCUUGCUGACAAGAUGAGCCACAUUUCGACAGGAGGUGGUGCAAGCUUGGAGCUCCUUGAGGGCAAAACACUGCCAGGAGUCCUUGCUCUUGAUGAUGCUUAAGCCUCUGAUGAAUCCUGUUUUUGUUCAUUCUGCCUGCUGGAAUAUGGCCGGUUUACGGCCAGAGUGAAUUUAGUUAUAAAUGUAGCUGAUUUUGUAGAGGCUGUAAAAGUAACUUCAGAUUAAAUAAAUGUUCAUCAUCUCACAGGCAUCAAUAGUGAUGCAUUGCUUUGGAUUUGAUCCAUUUUGGAACAUUUCAAUGAGGGUUUGCUUUCCUACU